AUCUAUAACACGGCCCUAAGAAAUGCUGCCUACCCGUUUUUGGAUUUAUACUUUAUUAUAAUUACGGAAAAGGCAGUUAGAAGAGGCAAAACGGCUGCGUGAGCAGAAGCUAUGACCCCGAAGACGGUCAUCCUAGUCCUUCUGCUGGCCGUGGCUGUCAGGGAAGUCGUGUCCAAGAAUGUGGCGAAACCCGCCAAGGCUGCAGGCGUGAAAAUUUCAGGUGUAAAGAAUAAGAAGGCGCUUUUGGCUGCUGAGUUGAACAUAGCAAAGAAAACCUUAAAAGGACCAAAACUAAAAAAGUUAACUACUCUUUUGACGAAGUCGGCAGGUGUCUCUAAAAAAGGCAAAGCAGCCAAGCUGACUAAGAAAAUAAAAGUUGGCAAAUUAGCUGCAGGGGGUAAAAAAACAGUGGCAUCAAUGGGCACAGCGAAGGGUACACCACCAAAAGGCGCAGCGAAGGAUGUAGUGAUAAAGGCUGGAGAGAGCAAAGUGAAGGCUGGUGCAGUGGGAACGAAAAAGGUCUCAGUAUCAGGCAAAGGCUUUGGAAAAGUAUUAUCGGCCGGGAAAACCUCCAAGGUUUUUGCGAAAGUUGCAGGCAAGUGUCCUCCGACAUACAAGAAAGAAGGGAAGGAAUGUGUGAAGAGGAAGAAAAUCAUUGAUCUUAAAUGCCCCGUAGGCGGCACCAAGGUUGGAAAAUUCUGCACCUACAAAUGUCCUAAGGGAUGGACUCGAAUCAAGAAGUUCUGGUGCCACAAGAAGACCGUGAGGAAAGAGGUUAAAACACUGAGGAAGGCAUGUCCAUCCGGGUUGCAACCGGUUAAAAAAGGAGGAAAGCUGGUGUGUCAAUUUAAAUGCCCAAAGGGAUCGAAACGAAUAGGAUUCCUAUGUGUGAAGAAAGUAGUCAAGAAAAAUCAAUGUUGUCCAGCAGCCAAGCACAAGGGAAAUGAGUGCAUCUUUGUUUGUCCUCCGGGGUACAAACGAAUAAAGGAUACAUGUCAUAAAACAACUGUUACCAAAGUGACUCUUUGCCCGAAGAAUAUGGUCAAGAAAGGUGAUAAAUGCGUUGGCAAGUGCCCCACCGACUUCGUCAGAAAGGGUGGUAUCUGCAUAUCUAAGUGCCCACCUGGGUACAAACAACAAGGCGAAAAGUGUAUCAAGGUGAUAACCAAUCACAAAAAAAUAUGCGCCGAAGGACUGAAGAAGCUAAAGGGAAAAUGCCUACCAUAUUGUAAAGAAAAAAAAUUCAAAUUAAAAACGGAUGGAUUCUGUGAACACAUUACUAUUAAGAUAAUUAGAAUCAAAAUAGAUAUGAGGUGUCCGAAAGGCUCCAUGCUCUCGCUUGGAAAGUGUUGCCCUCUCGGCUUUGUCAACGUCAAGGGUAAAGGCAUUUGCUGUCCAAAGGGACAGGAGCCAGUCGGUCCAAAUAAAUGCUGCCCUAAGGGAACGAAACUGUUCCAAGGCCAGUGCUGCCCACCGGGUACCAAAGUCAUCAGGGAAGGAUCUUGCACCACGCCGCCAACUGUGCCGCCAUCCAAACCACCGAUCCUGGUUACGACUACUACCACCCGGCCCGGACAAUCAACAACCACAAAACCGAAGUGUCCUAAAGGUUACUUCAAAACGGGCACAAUGAGAAAAUGUUGCAAGAUUGGUACAGUUUGGUCGGGAGGCAAAUGCUGUCCAAAGGGCACUGUCCUUAUCAAGGGCAAAUGUUGUCCACCUGGAAGUAACCCGUCUGGAGGCCAGUGUUCGCGACCACCACCUCCAAAGACAACAGUCAAACCAAAACCAGUUCCGGUGAAAUGUCCAGAAGGUUCUGUGAUUGUAACCGUAAAGCCUAUCAUUACAACGACAUCAACGACAACGACCACCACCACCACCACCACCACCACAACAACAACCGUAAAACCUGGGAAAACGACAACGACCACAACAACGAGACCAGGGUUGACAACACUAAAGCCAAAAUGUUGUCCAAAAGGAAUGAUCCUGAGUCACAACGAGUGCUGUCCGAAGGGUCACCACUUUACAAAUAAACGAUGCUGUAAGAUUGGCCUGAUACAUGUAGGAGGUGGAAAAUGUUGCCUAAAGGGUUACAAAGUUCUCAAAGGGAAGUGCUGUCCGCCGCAUAUAAAAUCUCUAGUUGGAGGAAAGUGCAUGAACGCUCCAACACCAGGACCUACGGUGAAGCCUGGUACACCAAAACCGGUCACACCAUCUAAAUGCCCACCUUCCAAAAAAUGUCCGCAUUGUCCAGCCGGACUAGUUUGGAUUAACAAGAAAUGUGGUUGUCAGCCUCCAUUAGUGCGACAGGGAGGGAAAUGUGUGCCUAAAUGCGCUAAGCCGAUGAUAUGGAAGGGUGGCAACUGCGUUUGCCCAGGUGGUAUGACGAAGAUCAACGGGAAGUGCCUUACUGCACCAAAAUGUGUACCACCAAGAAGUUGGAUAAAGGGCAAAUGCUCAUGCAAGAAGCCGCUAGUAUUCGUCAAUGGAAAAUGCAUUUGUUCAAAACCAUUGAUUAUGAUCAAGGGGAAAUGCCGAUGCAAACCGCCAACCGUGUAUAAAGAUGGAAAAUGCACCUCCGUCUGUCGACCCCCAAGAAAGAUUAUUGGUGGAAUGUGCAAAUGCCAACCACCAACGAAGUUUAAAGGCGGAAAGUGUGUGGCACAGGCCUGUAAAGCACCAAGGAAGCUGAUUGGAGGAAAAUGCAAAUGUUCUGCACCUUUGGCAUUCAUGAGUGGACAAUGUGUUUGCCCGAAACCUCUUAAGAUGGUUGGCAAGAAAUGCCGUUGUCCACCGCCUACGAUCUUCAAGAAAGGAAAGUGUGUUUCUGUCUCAGUCUGUAAGCCACCGAGAACGGUUAUCAAAGGAAUAUGUCAAUGCAAAAAGCCAAAGGUUUACAAGGGUGGAAAGUGUGUCUUGAUUUGCCCAGCACCUCUAAAACUGCAGGGAGGCAAAUGUGUUCCAGGAAAGCCAAACGAGGUUAAGACAACCACGGAAAUUCCAAAAAGAGAACCUCCAUCUAUUACCACUUCUAAACCAAAAAAGAGCACCAGAAAACCACCACCAGAAGUCCAUACACCGGGUGAAUGUCCUGGCAAAUUCUAUAAACGAGUGGGUGGCAAGUGUGUCAUGAUUUGUCCGAAGGGUUUUAAGAGAAUUGGAAAGAGGUGCCUGAAAGUUGGCUGUCCAAAGGGUACCAUAAGGAAAGGCAAAGAAUGUGUGUUGCACAAACCACCUCAAAAGUGUAUAAACCCAACUAAACAACCACCUGUGAACACCUCACCGCCAAAGUGUAUCCUCAAGUGCCCUAGUGGUUUCAGUAAAAGGGGGAAGAUAUGCUUGAAGGUUGUUGGACUUGAAGAGAAAUGUCCAAAGAAGUCGAUGAAGGUUGGAACAUCAUGCGUCAUCCUGAAGAUUCCAAGCUCCUGUGACAAGCCUUCUCCAUCUAAACCUCCAAUUCCAAAUCCCAAAUGUAUCGUGAAAUGUCCACCAAAUUUCACAAAGUUAGGCAAUGUGUGCUUCAUGAAACUUGUGUGUCCAAAGGGAGCAAAACGGGUUGGUAACAGAUGCGUGCUGAAGCCAUGUCUCAAGUGUCCACCUAAUUUUGAGAAAGUAGGCGCAAUCUGUCGGAAGAAAUGUCCUAAGGGCUAUAAGCGCAAGGGGACGUCAUCAACUUGUAUUCUAGCAGGUGGCGCCCUACUAGCCCGCGUUAUACCGAUGUCGAUAAGUAAAAAAGGGGUGAAAGGAGGAAAAGGCGGUUGUCCAGCUGGGUCCAAGAAGCUUGGCAAAUCAUGUAUCAUAAUCAGCAAAGGCAGAACGUGUCCCCGCGGCUUUCAAGCUAAAGGAAAGUCAUGUGUUCAAAAAUGUCCAGCUAAGUUCCGUCUCAUCAAGGGAAAGGGGUGCGUGGCCCUCAAAAAGUCUUUAGGCAACAAGUGUCCGAAAGGAGCAACUGCUUCAGGCGCGGCGUGUGUCUACAAACCGAAUCCAAUGAAAUGUCCAAAGGGUUACCAGCACACGGCCGGUGCAUGCGUUAAGAAAUGUCCGUCAGGCUUCAAAAGGGUUGGCGCCGUCUGCAUCAAGAAGCUGAGCAAACGUUAGUCGCUUUCCUGACAUUGGUUCGUGGGCCUUUCCAUUGGUUUUCACUUCGUUUCGUAGAGAAUAUUGCAGGUAUACUGUUAUUUGAUGGUAAUAUACAUAAGGAAAAGAUAAA